AUGCGGAGGUUCCAGGAGUCCGUCAAGGCCCUCGAGGCCGACAUCGAGCACGCCAAUGCGCUGGCGUCGGAGUUCCUGAGGGACUACGACGGGUCGGUCAUCCAGAUGCGGAUGGCCUACAGCGCCGUCGCGCAUGUCCUCGUCCAGUGGACCGACUGUAGACUCGCCAGCGCGCUCGGCCUCCUCAAGAUUAUGAUUUACAAGGCGGAGGAUGGCACGACGACCUUGCCAAGUUGGGAGAGGGAGGCCAGCAUCAGAGAAUUCUACGGUGUUAUAUUCCCGUCGUUGCUUCAGCUGCCAAGCGGGAUCACUGAAUUGGACGACAGGAAGCAAAGGAAACUGUGCGUGGACAAGUUCAAGAGAAGGGAUGGCGAUUUCUCUCAGCUGGAUUUGGAGAGGGAGGUCGAGUGUGGGAUUUGUCUGGAGGUGAACGCUAAAAUCGUGCUGCCCGACUGUACGCACUCUUUGUGCUUGAGGUGCUUCGAAGAAUGGAAUGCUAAAUCAAAGUCGUGCCCCUUUUGCCGCGCCUGUCUCCAAAAGGUGAAGCCGACCAGUCUGUGGGUGUACACAGAUGAUCGUGAUGUUGUAGACAUGGAUGCAUUGACGAGUGAAAACAUUAGGAGAUUGUUUAUGUACAUAAAUAAGCUACCACUUGUAGUCCUCCAUGUUGUUGACCUUGAUAUUUAUGAGUACCAUAGCAAAUAG